GGAGAAGGGUGGGUUAAAAAAAUAUUUAAAAAAAGAAAUAGCCCCGGGGAGGAGGGGGUUCUGCUGCCGCCACGGCUCUCAGACAAACCCAGCAGAGCCUGGCCCGGUUCGCUUUGCUUGACAGCUGCAGAACCAAUGGAAACAUGCGGGGAACCAGCUGCAGCCAAUGGAAAGGUCCAAACGCUGAGGUUAGGCUGGCUGCAGCCGCUAAACUUCAUAGCAAAUUAAAAAAAAAAAAAAGAAGCUGUUUGUGUUUUUGGCUGCAGAGGCCAUUUUAGGUUAGAAGUGUCCUUUAAGUUGUGGGUUUCUGGACACGGUUCGGUCUGGACUCCAGGAUCCGGACUAAUGAAGUCCCAGGCUGCUGCUGCUAGCUUUAUGUGGAUUAAAUAGAUUUUCCACUCCUCCUCUUCCUCCUCCUCUUCUUCUGCUCCCCAUCCCUCUCCUCCUCCUCCUCCUCCCUCCCUCCUCUGCGUGCUAAUUUUUUAUGCAUUUUUCUAAAACUGUCAUGGCGUUUUUGUGUCCUUGGAAAUAAAAAAAGCUCCAGCGGGUCUUUUUUUUUCCGGGCUCGCCGGGGUGAUGUCUCAGCGGUGAGAAUGUGCCACCGGGAUCCGGAGCAGAUGCAGUGAACAGAUAGAAGAUGAAAAUCCUCAAGAAGGACAAGCAGCAGAUGUUCACUGGCCUCCUGAAGCACACGCCUCCUCCGGCCACACCUGCUGCCGCCUCGGACCAAGACAGCAACGCACACACCGCGGUCCCCACAAUCCCCCGGGGGCACCUGGUCGUCGGCCCCAAGGACCAGCUCCGCCUCCUGGCCCCCGUGGGCAGUGCGGCCACGCCCAAUCACUGUGCCCCGACCGGGGUCCACGCCAUGAAGCACUCCGGAGGAGCCCCACGACCCCCGUCCUCUCUGAGCGAGGAGGACGACGGAGGAGGAGGAGGAGGAGGCCGGGUGAAGAAGAAGAGGAAGAAAAAGGACAGGAGGGAGUGGGAGAGGGGAGGGGUCUACGUGGAGGAGAAGGACAGCAGCAAACCAAAGAAAUGGAAGGAGGAGAAGGGGCCGAUGGUGCUGACACUGAGGAGGAGCAAGGAGCCCAAAGAGAGGAAGGAGCGCCGCAGGAAAGAGACCGAUCAGAGGAAUGUGGCGGGACCCAAAACACCGGCCCCGGUGGUGGCCCCAGAGCCAGCUCAGGUUCCUGUAAAGGUUCCUGGCAAAAGAGGAAGGAAACCCAAGAUCAAAGUUCUUCCUCCCGAGACCACGAAUAAAGCAGUCCCACCUGUCGCCCUGGGGCAGGUAAACCACGCCCAGGCAGCCCAAAGCCACGGGAAGAGACAAGGCCAGACCAACAGCAAGACUCCGGUCCCCACAGCACCGAAACAGAGGGGCCGAAAACCCAAAGUUCCUGGUACCACGCCGGUGGAGAAGAAGAAGAAGGGGAAGAGGAGAAACCAGGAGGUCCAGGAGGCGGGGGAGAGUGACGACACUACCUCAAUGUCAGCUCUCAACAUGGAGGACAGCCAGGACCCCCUGGAUAAUUCUAAGCGGCGUUCAGGGCGACAGGUCAAACGCAGGAAGUACAACGAGGACCUGGACUUCAAGGUGGUGGACGACGACGGGGAGACGAUCGCCGUUCUGGGAGCCGGACGCAUCUCGGCGCUCAACGCCACGGCUCUGGCGUGGCAGGCUGAAGAACCUCCGGAGGAUGAGGCCAACAUCAUCGAGAAAAUUCUGUCCGUCAGAAAAUUAAAGAAGGAGGCUUCAGAGGACCAAUCAGACGACGCCGAGGAGUUUUAUGUCAAAUACAGGAACUUUUCCUAUCUGCACUGUAAGUGGGCCUCUUUGGAAGAACUGGAGAAGGAUCCCAGAAUCCACCAGAAGAUUAAACGCUUCAGGACCAAACAGGCUCAGAUGAAACAUCUGUUCACCGAGCCCGACGAGGACUUAUUUAAUCCAGAUUAUGUGGAGGUGGAUCGGGUCCUGGAGGUGGCUGUUACCACAGACACAGAGACCGGAGAGGAGCGCCCGCCUCCUGAAAAAUGGCAGAAGCUGGAACGAUCCAGAGACUACAGGAACGGAAACCAGCUGAGAGAGUACCAGUUAGAGGGCAUGAACUGGUUGUUGUUCAACUGGUACAACAGAAAAAACUGCAUCCUGGCCGACGAGAUGGGUUUGGGUAAAACCAUCCAGUCCAUCACCUUCCUGUACGAGAUCUUCACCAUGGGGAUCCGCGGGCCCUUCCUCAUCAUCGCGCCGCUGUCCACCAUCACCAACUGGGAGAGGGAGUUCCGCACGUGGACGCACAUGAACGUGAUCGUGUACCACGGCUCGCAGAUCAGCCGGCAGAUGAUCCUGCAGUACGAGAUGUUUUACAGAGACGUGCAGGGUAACCCGGUCCCAGGUGGGCUGAAGUUCCACGGGCUCAUCACCACCUUCGAGAUGAUCAUGGCCGACUGCCCGGAGCUGAAGAAGCUGCAGUGGCGCUGCGUGGUGAUCGACGAAGCCCACCGGCUGAAGAAUAGGAACUGCAAGCUGCUGGAGGGGCUGAAGCUCAUGAACCUGGAGCAGAAGGUUCUGCUGACGGGAACUCCUCUGCAGAACUCGGUGGAGGAGCUGUUCAGUUUGUUGAACUUUCUGGAGCCGCAGCAGUUUCCCUCAGAGAGCUCCUUCCUGGAGGAGUUUGGAGACCUGAAAACAGACGAGCAGGUGAAAAAGCUGCAGUCGAUUCUGAAGCCCAUGAUGCUGAGGAGACUGAAAGAUGAUGUCGAGAAAAAUCUGGCUCCUAAAGAGGAGACCAUCAUAGAGGUGGAGCUGACCAACAUCCAGAAGAAAUACUAUCGAGCCAUCUUAGAGAAGAACUUCUCCUUCCUGUCCAAAGGAGCGAACCAACACAACAUGCCCAACCUCAUUAACACCAUGAUGGAGCUCCGCAAGUGCUGUAACCACCCCUACCUGAUCACAGGAGCCGAGGAGAAGAUCCUGGAAAGCUUCAAGAAGAGCCACAGUCCGGAGGCAGCAGACUUCCAGCUGCAGGCCAUGAUCCAGGCAGCUGGGAAGCUGGUUCUGAUCGACAAGCUGCUGCCCAAACUGCUGGCCGGGGGGCACAAGGUCCUGGUCUUCUCCCAGAUGGUCCGCUGCCUGGACAUCCUGGAGGACUACCUCAUCCAGAGACGCUACACGUACGAACGCAUCGACGGUCGCGUGCGGGGGAACCUGCGGCAGGCGGCCAUCGACCGCUUCUGUAAGCCGGACUCGGACCGGUUCGUGUUUCUGCUGUGCACCAGAGCCGGAGGACUGGGGAUCAAUCUGACGGCCGCCGACACCUGCAUCAUCUUUGACUCAGACUGGAACCCUCAGAAUGACCUGCAGGCUCAGGCUCGCUGCCAUCGGAUCGGUCAGAGCAAAGCUGUCAAAGUCUACAGACUGAUCACCAGGAACUCGUACGAGAGGGAAAUGUUCGACAAAGCCAGCCUGAAGCUCGGGUUGGACAAAGCCGUCCUUCAAGACAUCAACCGCAAAGGAAGUCUGAACGGGGUGCAGCAGCUCUCCAAGCUGGAGGUGGAGGAUUUGUUGAAGAAGGGAGCGUACGGAGCGCUGAUGGACGAAGAAGACGAGGGUUCAAAGUUCUGUGAGGAAGACAUCGAUCAGAUACUGCAGAGACGAACGCAGACCAUCACCAUCCAGUCCGAGGGGAAGGGCUCCACCUUCGCAAAGGCCAGCUUCGUCUCGUCUGGUAACAGAACAGACAUUUCACUGGACGACCCGAACUUCUGGCAGAAAUGGGCCAAAAUUGCUGAAGUGGAGAUCGACUCCAGAUCAGAGAAGGAGUCCCUGGUGAUCGACACGCCCCGCGUCAGGAAGCAGACCCGUCACUACAACUCCUUCGAGGACGACGAGCUGAUGGAGUUCUCAGAGCUGGACAGCGACUCGGAGGACAGGCCCUGCAGGACCCGCCGCCUGGGCGAACGCAGCCGGCGCUACCUGCGCGCCGAGUGCUUCCGGGUCGAAAAGAACCUCCUGAUCUUUGGGUGGGGUCGGUGGAAGGACAUCCUAAACCACGGUCGCUUCAAAUGGCACCUGACGGAGCGGGACAUGGAGGUGAUCUGCAGGGCUCUGCUGGUUUACUGCCUGAAACACUACAAAGGUGACGAUAAGAUCAAGUGCUUCAUCUGGGACCUGAUCGCACCCUCUAAAGACGGGCAGGACCAGGCGCUGCUCAAUCACUCUGGUUUGUCCGCUCCGGUUCCUCGUGGCAGGAAGGGCAAGAAGCUGAAGAACCAGCUGAACAUUCCUGACGUGAAGAACGCCGACUGGCUGGUCCACUGUAACCCCGAGGUGGUUCUGCAGGACGAGAGCUACAAGAAGCACCUCAAACAGCACUGCAACAAGGUCUUGCUGAGGGUACGGAUGCUGUACUACCUGAAGGUGGAGGUUCUGGGGGAGGCUGCCGCUCAAGAGGGAGUAUCUGCCAGUAAACUGGACGUGGCGCUGCCCGACAUCGACUACAUCGAGAUUCCUGUGACCUGGUGGGACGCAGACGCGGACAAGUCUCUCCUCUUGGGGGUCCACAAACACGGGUACGAGCGGUACAACGCCAUGCGGGCCGAUCCAGACCUGUGUUUCCUGGAGCGGGUGGGGAUGCCGGACGUCACGGCUCUGACUGCUGAGCAGGGAGGAGGGGAGGCAGCUUCUGAACCCACCGACAGCAGCUGUAAGACGGAGGAGGCGAAGGACGAGGCCGAAGUCAAAACUAACGGAGGCGAGGAUCGAGACGAGAGCAGCAAGGGGGAGGAAACCUGCUCUAGCACCGACGCUCCGGAGAAGCCGGACAGUUCUGGUCAACACCCCCAGGCGUCCGCUGACCUGAGCGCUCAGGACGGGCCGCUGGUCACCACCACCACUGCAACCAUGGGAACCGGGGUGGCGUCUCUGCACGUGGUCCAGGCCCGGCCCGUGUGGCCCACCAGCCCGGCCCUGACGGCCCGUUUCCGCCGCCUGAUCACCGCCUACCAGCGCUUCACGCUGCGCCGGGAGCCCCUGCUCAGGCACGACUUCCAGCUGCACGACGGCCUGGUCGGCAUGGCGGUGGGCGGCGCCGGGAGCGCCCACAGUCACCACGCGGGGGGGCCGCUGGCGUGGCAGCUGGGCGAGGAGCUGAGGAGGUGCUCGGUGGUCUCCACGGAACCGGACCCCCUGUUCCUGGAGUGGCAGAGGAGGUGGACUCGCCGGGAGCAGGCGGACUUUUACCGCACGGUCUCGUCUUACGGGGUGGUCUACGACCCCGACAGGAAAGCCUUUGACUGGUCCCAGUUCAGAGCGCUGGCCCGACUGGAGAGGAAGACGGACGAGAGUUUGGAAAGAUACUUCAACUCGUUUGUCAACAUGUGCAGGACGGCGUGCAAACUCCCCCCCAGGAAGGAAGAAGGCUUGGUGGAUCCUGGCGUUCUGGUGGAGCCUCUGUCAGAGGAGCGAGCUGCGAGGACUCUGUAUCGCAUCGAGCUGCUGAGGAAGAUCAGAGAGCAGGUUCUUCGCCAUCCCCUCCUGUCGGCCCGCCUCCAGCUGUGCCGCCCCUCCCUCUACCUGCCCGUGUGGUGGGAGAGCGGGAAGCAUGACCGCGACCUCCUCAUCGGGGCGGCGCGCCACGGCCUGAGCCGCACCGACUUCUACAUCCUGAACGACCCGCAGCUCAGCUUCCUGGAGGCCCACAGGAACUACGUCAGGCGCCACCCUGCUCACCUUCAUCCUCAGAGUCAUCAUCACCUGGCGGCGCAUCCCGGACUCUCCUCCCCGUCUUCCUCGUCCCCCCACGUGCAGCUUCCUCAUCCUCACUGCUGCCUGUACGAGUCAGGACUGGGUCAUCACUCCCCGCAGCCUCCCGAGUACCCCCACCACCAUCUUCAUCAUCAUCAUCAUCACCACCAGCAGGUCGCUCCUCCCUCUGCUCCCUCCCCCUCCUCCUCCUCUCACCUCCCCCCUCCCCCGCUGGAUGCUCACGACUCCAGCCCAGCUGGUCUGGGUCUGGUUCCCGGGUCGCGGGUGGACUUCCUGGACUGCGCCCCCCUGGAUGAGGGUCUGGAGCUGGGCUCGCUGCAGCACGAUGCCAUGUCUGCGGACCCCCUGCACGGAGGGAAGGCCUCGAAGGACGCCCUGAACGGGUUCCCCUUCAACUCGGCCGCCGGAGGUCAGAGCAUGCUGAACUCGUACGGCGUCGGCGGGGCGGACCUGGACUCCAAACUGCGGAGCGACGUGCUGGUCGGGGAGCAGGGCUCGUCCGAAGAGACCGGACUGAUGGCGCCGUCCGUGGAGCUGGAUCAGCUGCAGGCUCCCUGGGACAGCACGGACCACACCAGUCCAGCUGAUCACAUGUUCAACGAGUCCGACCCCAUCCUGGGACCCUCCGGUCUGGAGACGGGCUUCCUGGAGGAGGAGGACGAGGAGGCUCAGGGAGGAGAGCGAGCUGGGGAGGAAGGAGGAACCCUGGAGGAGUGUUUGGGCCUCCCGCCUUCGUCGCCCCCGUCCCACCCUUCGACCGGGGACUCUGUGGAGCCGCUGUCGUCGAGCUACCUCCUGUUUAAGGACAUCGGGGUGAACGAAGAGGCCAGCGCCGAUCAGACCGACCUCCCCUUCGCCCCGCCUCCUCCCCUCCACCUGUCCGACAUCACCGCCCACGGGCCGCGGGACGGCCUCGCCGAUCCCGUGGAGGACGGAGAGGGGCGGGGCGGAGGCGCUGCCUUCGAGUUCGAGGAGAAGGAGGAAGAGGAGAUGGAGGAGUUGUCCAAGGAGACAGCAGAGCAGAGAGGAGAAGAAGAGAAACCACGGGACGGUGCAGAUGAUCCAACCGCUGAACAGAUGGAAGACCAGGACCAGGACUUAGGACGAGUGCCUUCAGACCUCCAGGAGAACUUCGAGGAUGACGAGGAUCUAACUGAAGAACUUGACCCUGAUCUUAGGAAGCUAGAGCAGGAGAGGAGCUUCGUGUGUCCCGAGGACCCACCGGAGGAGGUCCACGGCCUGAUCUUGUACCAGGAACCUUCGGCGGGGAGUUCUCUGGACGCCGACGUGUUCAUGAGCAACGACACCGAGGAGUUCGUGGAACGUAAGGCGAGUCCAGGAAGCUCAGGAGAAACGUCUGCGGACCAGGUGGACGAGAUCUCUGAAGGCUGCUUGGAUCCGGUGGAACCAGCUGCCGAUGAAAUGGAGGAGAAGUUUCACAGCAUUUACUCUGAGUUCCCGGAGACCUCCUUUUCUCCUGUCCUGGACCAGGCAAAGUGCGCCGAAACCACCGGGAAGGGCAACGGAACCGGGACCGAGGUCUGCACGAGUCGAGACAGCAGAGACCAUCUGAUCGAUCCGAGUCAGAUUAAAACCGAUUCGGGCGUCGACUCGGAGCCGCUGGAUCUGAAAUUCUCGGUCCAACCGAACGGCGGUGAGAAGACCCCCGAGCAGCUGCUAGUCCCGGUGAAGAUCGAGGAGCUAAAACCAGAACCUGCGGAGGACGUCUGCCCCGACAGUUCUGAAGUCAAACACUCCUGUUUCCUGUCCUACGCCGUUAAAUCCGAGGACUUCGAGCCCAAAUCCGAACCGUUCGAGUUUCCCGUCAGAGCUCAGUCCCUGGAGGUGAAGCCCGAGGACCUCACGCUUCACGUGAAGUCCGAGAACUUCGACACCAGACCCGAAGCCCUCAGGUUCGUGGCCUACUCAGACGGCAAAGCUGAAGUCAAACCACCGGACCUGCGGUUCCCCGCCGGCUCAGACGAGUUCAAGACCGAGUCUAAGCCCAAAGGGUUAAGGUUUCCAUCUGUGCCCGAAGCCAAGAGCGAGGUCCUGGGGUUCCCCACGUACCCGGACAGCUCCGAGGUCAAACCCGAGGCCAAGCCAGAGGACCUGGAGUUUCCAGCGUUACCCGAAGUCAAAGCUGAGCUGAAGCAGGAGAUGCUGGAGGCGGACAGCACGGUCCUGACCCCGAAGCUGGAGCAGGCCGACGGGAUGGUGGACUCGUCAGCAGGUCUGGUCCUGAAAGGACAAGUCAAGGAGGAGAAACCGAGUACUCCAGUUCCCAUGGUGGAAGGCUACCCCGGCAGUCCCAGGUUCGCAGCUCCGGUCUCCAUGUGUGAGAUUCCUGACAGCCUGCAUGACAGCAGAGAGCCCACCAUCGCUCAGCUGCUGCAGGAGAAAGCACUUUUCUCCUUCUCCGAGUGGCCGAAGGACCGGGUUAUCAUCAACCGCCUGGACAGCAUCUGCCACGCCAUCCUGAAGGGAAAGUGGCCGUCGUCGAGCGAGCAGUACGACUCGCCGGGCUCGCUGGCUGCUAACUCCUGUCUGCCCAACAGCUUAGCUCAGCACCGAGCCAGUUUCCUCCCAACCACCGCCUCCGGCUCCGCCUCCGUCCUGGGCCAGCCUCGAGUCCAGCAGACCAGUCCCGGUCUGGGGUUCCCCAUCCCCCCACCUCUCACCAGACUCCCCAAGUACGUGCCGCGGGGCGGUGCUUGCGGGCGCGGAGCUUGGCGCCUCACCUCCUUGCCUCUCUUGCAGGAGAGGCUUGUGGCUCCGCCCUUCCUCCCUGAGCUCAAACGAGCAGGAGGUCGAAGGUCGUUCGACUACGAGGCCGCCGCCGCAGCCGCCAAGAUCUUAGCUGGAAAGUCUGUGUCGCUGAGCCACACGCCUGCUGUCGCCUCCACCAGCUCCGGUGGCGAGAAGGCGCCAGUGGUGGCUCCGCCCCCUCAGCGCUCCGGAGCCAUGUUGAUAAACGGCUGGCAGGAAACGGCCAUAGACCUGACCAAGGCUUCAGGAGAAAUAAGCACGACGAGCGGAGGCGGGGCCAGCGACGCGGCGGGAAACGGCCAGUCCAACGCCGCGGCUGGAAAGGUGCCGACGCUGCCGCCGAUCACGGCUCCGUUACCCGGCCCGGUCGGAUUGGACAUGUCCGGGAUCCUGCAGGCGGGGCUUAUCCACCCCGUCACGGGACAGAUUGUUAACGGCAGCCUGAGGGGAGACGACUCCCUGAGGAGGAGGAGAGGCAGGAGGAGAAACGUGGAAGCUCUGUACUCUGAGUUCGCCAAGAGCCGAGGACUGCACCUCCCUGACACUCAGGGUCGUGUGGAAGUGAUCAGCCACUCCUCUGUCUCCUCCUCCACCUCCUCACCGUCUCCUUCUCCAUCGGAGCGACCCGCGGGACCUCCAACCCCGUCCUCCUCCUCGACCCCCACCCCCACUCCGACCCAGACGCCCCCUCAGCCGGAGAUCGUGGCGGUGGACCGAGAGGCGGCCAGCAAAGGUCUGAUCGAGUGGCUGAGGCAGAACCCGAGCUACAGCAUGGACCUGCCUGCCUUGACUCACUCUGGAGCCAGUUUGUUGCACGGCUUCGUGGAGCGUCCCAAACAGAGACGACAUCGCUGCAAAGACCCCACCAAGCUGGACGUCAACUCGCUGACGGGGGAGGAGAGGGUCCCCGUGGUGCACCGAGGCACCGGACGCAGG